AGUGUCGCUCCUGACGGCGGGAUGGCAAUGGGCGGGUUUGUAGCGUCUUGCCUAAUCGGGGCGGUGUACGGUGUCACUCCCCAAGGCCAGGAUCAUUUGUUUCUGAAAUGAACUGUCCCACUGAACAAGACAGCAACAAGUGACUGGUCAUUUUGGCAGAAUGUCACUUCGGCAAAUUUUCGGCUUUUGAACUUUAAAAGAAGUUGUAUGUGUGUAUCAGAGUAAAUUCCUGCUAUUGAGUCCAGUCCUGAGAGAGGGAUUUUUUUAAUCAUAAAUGGAGUCUUACAGACUACAGCAGGACUGUGUCAAACAUGAGUACACAACGAGAGCCGACAGCAAUGGGACAUAUGGCCUCAGCAUUCGGGUCAAGGGGAUUGAUGGACACCCUUAUGUAGUAAUGAACAACCAGAACAGGGGCCCUGACAGCAAUGGAAAUAUUGGCAAGGACUCCUUUAUGAACGACUGCAAUGAGUAUAACUUCAGAGGGGGCACAGUGUCAGAUCCAGAGAACCUGCUUGUGGAGAAGCAGGUCACCAACUCCCACAAUGGUGCCAAAGAGCCCAGAGAACCACAGAAGUCUUCCAGCUUAAGGAGUAUUAAGAGUGACCCAGAGCCUGUGAAUCCUUAUACUUUAGAAAACUUCUCCCUGAGCCUGAACAGACAUCGCAGCCUGCCACCCAAAUGUCCCUCUCCUGUGGAGACGACAACUCUCCCCAGGGCCUCCUUCACACCGGUCGACCGCAGGUCCCCCAGCCUGGACAAACCCAGAACCCCUGAACCACCGGCGGCUGGGGAGGAGGCCCAGCCUGAUCCCAAGGGGUCACGCCGUUCCCAGACCCAGCCCCUUGCCCAUAACCAAAACCGACCUCCAAGCCAAAUCCAGGCUGAGCCCCAAGCCCAAAACCAACUUCCGGCCAAAACCCAGCCCCAGUUUCCGAGCCAGCCCAAGGCUCCAGCAGUGGGACGCACUCCCAGAGACUCAGCUAAGUUUACUAGCAGGUCUCCCAGCACCGUCGGUAGCGCUGCCAGCUCAGAGCAUGGUGUACGUAAGCCUGACGUUUUGCCCCUAAGGAGACAUGACUCCUGUGGCCCUGUGCUUCUGCCGUCCCGCUCCCGCCACUCCUCCACCUCCUCCACCCCCGACAGACAUGUCCCGGACGAGGAGGCGUUGUACGCAGAUAACAUCAACCGGCACGAGAACCGGCGCUACAUUCCCUUCUUAGCGGGCACGGGCCGCGACAUCGACAGCGCCUCCAUACCUGGUGUGGAUGAGCUCAUCAACAAGUUCGACGGCAACAGCACCAGUCAUCGGAGGGGCAGGGCGGGGCGUCGGAACAGGAUCAACCCAGAGGACCGCAAACGGUCCCACAGUGUGGACAGCUUCAUUCCCUUUGACCUGAAAGAAGAUUCUGAGUACCUGGACAGGUUCAGUAAGAACCAGGGCCGAAGCACGGAGCAUCUCCUCCGCCCCUCGCAGCUGGGUCUACAGAAGGGGGCUCAUCACCAGGAAGAGAAAGCCCCAGCGCUGGAUUGCAGUUCCCCAGAAUCACCACAAGGGACAGUUUGCAAUGGAAUGUCCUCUGUUCUGAGGUGUAAAAAAGAGCUGAGGAGGUCUUCCACACUGCAGCUGAAGAGCAAGACCUAUGAGGAGGAGAAGCCUUCACGGUCUGUGAAAAUUCUGACCAGUACAACGCCAAGACCUUUGUCCAAGUCUAGCAGCAAUGAGGUACAGCUUGAUUCAGCCAGGGAUACUCAGGUAACCCCUGAUCUUUUGAAAGGUCAACAAGAUAUUUCACAACAAACAAAUGAAGAGACUGCAAGACAAAUAUUGUUCAAUUACCUCAAAGAUGGAAGCAGUGAUAAUGAUGAUGCUACCAAGAGGAAGGUCAACCUGGUCUUUGAGAAGAUCCAGACCUUGAGGUCCAGGGCUGCUGCAAGCGUGCAGGGGGACAACCCUCCCAGCGCAGCUGCAGAGAGCAAAGCGCUGCAGGAUCUCAGGGUCCAACUGGAGAGCAAGGUUACAGAGCUGACAAAACAACUGGAAGAGGAAUCCAAGAAGCAGAGGAGCCUGGUGGAGGCCUCUGGGAAGGUGGGGGCAGACACCAAGGACCUGGCGAAGAAGCUGAGCUCCAGUCAGGACGAGUGCAGGAAGCUCCGGGAGCAGCUGGCCAAAACGGAGGCUGAGUUGCGCUCUUCACUGGAAGAGCUCUUCCAGGUGAAGAUGGAGAGGGAGCAGUGUCAGUCGGAGAUCAGGGACCUGCAGGACCAGCUGUCAGAGAUGCAUGACGAGCUGGACUCUGCCAAGAAAUCCCCCUCCAGCGAUGAAGAGAGGGAGGUCAUAAUGGAGACAAUAAUGCACCUGAAGCUGGAGCUUGAGGAGACCCUGAUCGCGAAGGAGGGGAAAGAGGAGGUUCUGCGCAAGAGGGAGCGGGAGCUGACUGCGCUCAAGGGGGCCCUGAAGGAGGAGGUGUCCUCCCACGACCAGGAGGUGGACAAGAUGAAGGAGCAGUACGAGCAGGAGAUCCAGAAGCUGAGGUCGUCUGUGGAGGAGGCCAAACAGGCCAGCUCCUCGGCAUGUCGAGAGAAGGCGGAGCUGGAGGUGGCGCUCGGUGCGGCGGAGGGCCGAGCGAGCCAGCUCUCCCAGGAGAGCGAGCGGCUCCACCAGCGGGCCCUGGAGCUGGAGAAGGAGGUGGCCAAACUCAACCGCAUCAUCGAUGAGGCCAAGCUGAAGGAGAGCCGGAUGGAAGACCGCAUGGGCCGACUGGAGAAAGAGAAGCGACAGCUGGAGAUGUCUCUGGAGGAGGCCAGGGAGCAGGCAGAGGAGACGUCCCACGCUAACAGAACUUUAGCCACGCGUUUUGAUGACUUACAGAGAAACAUGGCCAACCUGACCCAGGACUACAAUGAGCUGAGCGAAAGACUGAGGGAGGAGAACAACCAGAAAGAGCUGCUGAAGAAGACCAAGAAUCAGGUGGAGGAGGAGAGGAGGCUGCUGGACCGCACUGUGGAGAAGCUGCAGAAGGCGAUGGGCGAGAUCGCGGAGGCCUCCCAGACGUCCACGCACAACCUGCAGGUGCAGAUCAACGAGUACAAAGACAAGAAUCGGCAGGAGGUGAACGAUCUCCAGAGGCAGCUGAGAGACAAGGACCUGGAGCAGGAGAAAGCCCGGCUGGCCAUGAAGAUGCUGCAGGGAGAGCUGUCCCAGCUGGAGGAGAACCUGAGGGAGUGCAAGAGAGAGCGCGACGAGGCCGUUCUGACGGGACAGGACCUGAAGCAGAAGCUGUACGACCUGGAGGUGGACCUGGAGACCAAGUCCCACUGCAAGGAUGACAGAUCCAGGCAGAUCAAACUCCUGGAGGACAGGGUCUCCCAGCUGGAGCAGGACCUGGAGGAUGAGCGGGUCAGCGGGGACGAGCUGAUGGACAGGGUCAGCCGAGGAAGAGAGCAGGUGGAGCACAUGCGGAAUGAACUCCUGCAGGAAAGGGCUGCCAGACAGGACCUGGAGUGUGACAAGAUGGCGCUGGAGAGACGGAAUAAAGACCUAAAGAGCAGACUGGCUCAUCUCGAGGGCUCUCAGAAAUCCAGCAAGGAGGGCCAGGUAUCCCAGCUGGAGAGCCGGAUUCAGGAGCUGGAGGAGAGGCUGGAGGCGGAAGAGAGGGAUCGCGCCAAUCUGCUGCAGGCGAACCGCAAGCUGGAGAGGAAGGUGAAGGACAUGGCGAUGCAGUCGGAUGAUGAGCACCACUCGCUGCGGGACCAGAAAGACCAGCUGAACCUGAAGCUGAAGGCGCUGAAGCGGCAGAUGGACGAGACGGAGGAGGAGAUGGAGCGGCUGGAGCACAGCAGGAAGAAGCUGCAGAGGGACCUGGAGGAGCAGGUGGAGGCCAACGAGCAGCUCCAGAGCCAGCUCAACGCCCUGCGCAGCGAGAUCAGGCGCAAAAGUUCAGCUGCCCCUCUUCUGACUCAUUUGGACGAUGACGAGGAUGACGACGACAUUAGCACCGACGGAGAGUUUUAUUACAACUCGGCUUCAGGACACAUCUGAUCCCGUCAGCAUUACAUCACUGGGUCCUCUCAGUGCACGGUCUGGACUCUGAGGAAGAGGAAUGUGAUGGCCUGGGUCUGGAUGGAUGUGAAGGAUGCUGAAAAUUGGAUCUGUCUGCCACUUUGGAACUGAUGCCUUUAUGACAUCACAAAGAACAAUGUCAAAUGCCUUGAUGUAUACAACUUGCCUGGAAGUUUGCAUUUAAUACUUUUCAUAUGCUGUCCAAUACGCUUGACUAUUUAUGAAAUACUUAAUUACAAGUAUAACGCCAAUGCUUUAAAUGGACUUGCCUUCAUUUUUUAUUUAUACCUUCUUAAGAAAUCAAACAUGUUUGAUUUUUAUGAUGCCUUGCCCAGUUGUCCAAGAAAAAGGUAUGGCUGAUAUAUGAGGUGUAGAGCCUUAAAACGAUUGCAUUUGUUUAUUCAGUAUAACUUCACUAAAUGUACUGUUAAAAUGAGGUAACUGGAAUUAAGGUGAAUAUGUUUAAAGGGAAAUUGACAUGAGGGAUUAUGUUGCAUAUAUUUCCUUUUGAUUGACUCUGUAUAUAUUCCGUGCAUAUAUUUGAUGUGUGUGUCAGCAUGUAUCAGUACCGAUAAAAAAGACACUAUGUAUAAAUAAGUAACAAAAACAGAUAUAUUCAUUUUUAUAAGUCCAGCCUAACUGACACCAGGAAGCCAUUAUUUUGUCUCGUGCCUUUUAUUAAAAAAUGAAAAAAGGAUCUUGAUGAAACUUGCAACAUCAAACUAUUCAUCGUUCACGUUUAUUUUCAGUGACUGAAACCUCUCAGAGCUCUACCCAAUUGUUACUCUGCACAUGAAACUUUAUUUACAGUGCAGUAAAAAAUAAAAUUAUGUACAUUGUAGCUAUAUUUUACUUAUUAUCAUAUGAAAAAUCUCCUUCUUUCAUCUCAAUUUUCUUCGAUUCCAGAGAAAUAUAUGACAUGUAUUGCUACAUGUUGCUGAUGAUUCUCAAGGAUAUAUCAAUGUGCGAAUAUGUGUGCAUGUACUGCUAUGUGUGUGCGUAUGGGUGUGUGUGUGCGACGGUGUGUACGUGUGUGCGUGGGUGAGUGUGCUUGCAUUUGUGUCAGAUGGGAGGAUUAUCUUAAUUAAACUGAAACUGUGACGGACUUGCAUUGGCAAUCAUAGACCUGUUGCUAUACUGUGGUGAUUUACACUGGAUGCAUUGACUUGCCCUGCCAUGGCCUAACUUGGAGGAUGGCAUACCUGCCAUCCCAGUCUUGUGGCAUGGAUCAUCAUUGCUUCAGUACAGGACAGAGCAGGCUGGUUGUUGUUGUGGUUUUUUUUUGGGUUGUUUGGCACUUGGGGAAAAGGGUGGGAAACAUCCAGCUACUACCUCUCUAUGUUCUUAAAGUGUAUCACUAUGGCAAAAGAAUCUUUUGAAAUAAAAUAUAUUGUUUCCGCAGUGAA